CAUCCACGGGAACAUGAAGCACUUAUGGGUCUUUCUGUUUGUGGUGGCAGCUCCCAGAGGUAUUCUGUCUCAGGUGCAGCUGAAGGAGUCAGGCCCAGGAGUAGUGAAGCCCUCACAGACCCUGUCCCUCACCUGUGCUGUCUCUGGAUUCUCUCUCACCAGCUAUGAUGUAGGCUGGGUCCGCCAGGCUCCCGGAAAGGGGCUGGAAUGGGUUGGUGCAGUAGAUAAUGGUGGAAGCACAUGUUAUAACCCAGCUCUGAAGUCCCGGCUGAGCAUCACCAGGGACACCUCCAAGAGCCAAGUUUAUUUACAACUGACCUCUGUGAAUCCUGAGGACACGGCCGUGUAUUACUGUGCAAAAGGCACAGUGAGGGGAAGUUUAUACUAUUUCGAUUUCUGGGUUACCCUGUCCCUCACCUGUUCUGUCUCUGGAGUCUCUCUAAGCAGCUAUGCUGUAGGCUGGGUCCUCCAGGCUCCCGGAAAGGGGCUGGAAGGGGUUGGUGCAAUAGCUAGUAGUGGAAGCACAUAUUAUAACCCAGCUCUGAAGUCCCGGCUCAGCAUCACCAGGGAUACCUCCAAGAGCCAAGUUUAUUUACAACUGACCUCUGUGAAUCCUGAGGACACAGCCAUGUAUUACUGUGCAAGAGGCACAGUUCCUCCUCAUGUUGGAGAACAUUUUCUGGGAGUCAUGGAUCUCAUCCACGGGAACAUGAAGCACCUAUGGGUCUUUCUCUUUGUGGUGGCAGCUCCCAGAGGUAUUCUGUCUCAGGUGCAGCUGAAGGAGUCAGGCCCAGGAGUGGUGAAGCCGUCGCAGACCCUGUCCCUCACCUGUUCUGUCUCUGGAGUCUCUCUAAGCAGCUAUGGUGCAGGCUGGGUCCGCCAGGCUCCCGGAAAGGGGCUGGAAUGGGUUGGUGCAAUAACUGGUAGUGGAAGCACAUACUAUAACCCAGCUCUGAAGUCCCGGCUCAGCAUCACCAGGGACACCUCCAAGAGCCAAGUUUAUUUACAACUGACCUCUGUGAAUCCUGAGGACACGGCCAUGUAUUACUGUGCAGGAGGCACAGUGAGGGGAAGUCAGUGUGAGCCCAGACACAAACCUCCCUGA